AUGUCGUGGUGGAACCCGAUGAUUUCAAUGACAACGACUCAUCGCUGGGAGACGUGGGACCCCUCCAGCGCCAGCUUCCUCGACCGGAAGCGCAAAGUACUGACAGUUGGGACAGGACGGCACGUCCUCAACCUCAAGCUUGAGCAGCUCCAUUCUCGAUUACCGCAAGGAGAAUGGUCGCACAUACCACAAAUACCGCGAUGGGAGUGUGUAGAAGAGUACCACUUUCCCAACGACGAGGAGGAGAACGAGAGACUAGGUGCGUCCCUUGCGAAGUCCAGAGCGACUGGAAAGAAAAGGGCCAGGCUAAUGCUUCCAAAAGACCUUCAGCACCACAUCUUUGAUCUUUCCUUUGAAGGCAAGCUGGGCUUGUCUCCUCCUAAUGCCCCCGAAGCAAAGGUUGGUCGCGUGCUGGACCUUGGGACCGGCACGGGAAUCUGGGCCAUGGACUACGGUGAUGAUCAUCCCGGGGCUGAGGUUGGUGUCACCAUGGUCAUGCUGCCGGCAUUGAUCUGA